AUGCCAAAAGCUCUAGCACUAAAGAAGAUUGAGGGGGGCAAGCCCGGUCAGGUGUAUUAUCCCCUGGUGCUCAAGGAGAUCCCCAAGCCAGCCUCGCCUGGGCCCAAUGAACUUCUUAUCCGUCUCAAUGCAGCUGCAUUGAACCAUCGAGACCUGUUCAUCAGGCAGCAUUUGUAUCCAGGCAUUUCUUGGGACACUCCCAUGCUGGCCGAUGGCUACGGCACGGUCGUGGAGGCAGGACCAAACUGCAAAACCAACUUGGUGAAUAAGCCAGUGGUCCUGACUCCGUGCCGAGGAUGGGAAUCCAGUCCCGAAGGCCCAGAGGACAUGUUGAAGUACGCUGUCCUCGGCUCUACUGUCUCUUACGAUCUUGGCAUGGCCCAGGAGUACAUCGUCGUGUCAGAAGACGAGGUCGAGCCUGCCCCUGAGCAUUUGACGCCUGCCGAGGGAGCUGCAUUGCCGCUGGUAGGACUGACGGGAUGGCGAGCGCUUGUCACGAAGAGCGCCAAUGCCGAGCCCGGGAGGAACAUUUUAAUCACAGGCAUCGGCGGUGGAGUCGCUCUGCAAGUACUGCAAUUCGCCGUCGCCAAAGAGUGCAAUGUGUUUGUGACGUCCGGGGACGAGGCCAAGCUUGAGAAGGCAAAGAAGAUGGGCGCUAAAGGCGGUGUGAUAUACAAGGCUCCGGACUGGGAGAAGCAGCUGCAGAAGAUGCUCCCGGAGGAUCGGCCGUACCUCGAUGCCGUCGUUGACGGCGCUGGGGGUGAUAUCAUGAAGAGAGUUAUCAGAAUCAUCAAACCUGGGGGCAUCAUCUCAUCAUACGGCAUGACUCUAGCGCCGAAGAUGGAUUGGAUUGCACAGGCUUUCAUGAAGAACGUCGAGCUCAGGGGCAGCACCAUGGGUUCUAGAAAGGAGUUCAAGGAGAUGAUGGAUUUCGUUAGAGAGAAGAAGAUACGCCCGGUCGUUAGCCGGGUUGUCAAGGGUUUGGAUAAUCUGGAGGCGUUAGAUGGCUUGUUUACGGAGAUGCAUGAGGGAAAGCAGUUCGGCAAGUUAGUGAUUGAAAUCAACCCGGAUAGGCCUGACUCACCUUCCAAACUGUAA